ACAUCUGGCCGUCAAGCUAGGUUAUCUUUUUUUUUUGUUGUUGUUCAUAUAGAAGAGAAAAGAGGGAGAAGAAGUUUUGGCGGUGCUAGUGUCCAGGGUUUAUACUUUUGAAUUCUACUAGUUCCAUAAUCGUUGGCAACGACAAGAGAGGAAUUCCGGUUCACUCGUUGGUUUCUUCCUUCACAUCCUUUCAAACAGUAAGGCGGUGGUGGGUUUACAUAAAUUAGAUAUGUCGGCAAAAUUCUCACCAACUUUACAAAUCAGUGAUCUCAAUGAUUACAUCGCCCCAUCACAAGCUUGCAUAGUCUCUCUAAAGGGGACUACUACGGCUAAGAAGCAGGAGACAGCCCAGAACCAAGUGGUGAUUGCACCUUCUGUCAAACAAUUGAACACAGAACCAGUUACAAUUUCAUUGAAAGACUGCUUGGCCUGCAGUGGUUGCAUUACUUCUGCAGAAACCGUUAUGCUUGAGAAGCAAAGCUUGGAAGAGUUCCUUACCAAUAUCAAAGAUGGAAAGGAUGUUAUUGUCUCUCUCUCUCCGCAGUCUAGGGCUUCAUUGGCUACACACUUUGGCCUUUCUCCAUCUCAGGUGUUUGGAAAACUCACUACCUUUUUGAAGUCCUUGGGGGUAAAGGCUGUAUUUGAUACCAGCUGUAGUCGAGAUUUAUCACUCAUUGAAUCGUGUAAUGAAUUUGUUGCUCGAUAUAAACAACAACAGUCGUUGCCAAUGAUUUCAUCAGCAUGUCCAGGUUGGGUAUGCUAUGCAGAGAAAACUCUGGGAUCUUAUAUUCUACCUCACAUUUCGUCUGUGAAGAGUCCCCAGCAAACAAUGGGAGCCACAAUCAAGAAUCAUAUUUGUCAAAGAAUGGGUUUCCGGCCGGAGAAUGUCUACCAUGUGACAGUUAUGAUGUGCUAUGAUAAGAAGCUCGAAGCUUCGAGGGAUGAUUUUUUGUUUCCGCUGGACUCAAAUGGAGAAACUAGGAAUGAUGCCGAAAACCCAAUGGUUGCAGAGGUAGAUUCGGUCUUGACAUCAGGAGAGGUCUUGGAAUUGUUACAGCGAAACUCUGUGGAUUUUAAGACCUUGGCAGGUUCACCAUUGGAUAGACUGUUAACAAAUGUUGACGAGGAUGGACGUCUGUAUGGUGUCAGUGGAGGCUCUGGAGGCUACGCUGACACAAUAUACCGGCAUGCUGCUGAAGUACUAGCUGGAAAAGAAAUUGAAGGACCUCUUCAUUUUGAACCAAAACGGAAGAAUUCAGAUUUCCGUGAAUUAAAUCUGGAUGUGGAAGUGGAGGGGGAGAAAAGAGUUUUGAAGUUUGCCCUUUGUUAUGGUUUUCGGAACCUGCAGAAUGUUGUCAGGCAAAUUAAAACUGGAAAAUGUGAUUAUCAUUAUUUGGAGAUCAUGGCCUGUCCGUCAGGUUGUUUGAACGGUGGAGGUCAAAUCAAACCAAAAGAAGGGCAGUCGGCAAAGGAAUUAAUUCAAACAUUAGAAAGUGCUUAUAUGGAAGAUGUGGUGGUGGCUAACCCUUUUGAGAAUCUGUUAGUGAAGGGGUUAUAUGAUGAAUGGCUGGAGCAACCUGGUUCGGAGAAAGCUAAGAAGCACAUGUACACCCAGUAUCAUCCGAUGGUUAAAAACAUUACCUCUCAACUCCAUAACUGGUGAGGAGCACGAAAGAAACAUUAUUUGUUGGCUCUUUUUGUUUAUUCAAGCCGUAGGCACCAUCCCUUCACUACUGCUACUACCACGGAGAAGUUGAGUGUUGGAAGACUUCCUUGUCUAUGGCGGCAGUUGUUCAAUUUCAAGACAGCUUUCUCAGCACGUAACUCCCUUACUAGGUAGAUAUUAUUUAGAGGUAAAGCAGAUCAUCUUUCUGUCAUAAUCUCAUCACUUUUGAGAGAAAAAGAAACAAGUAUAAAUUAUUCACCAAGUAUAUGGAAUGUAUAUGUACGCAAGCCUUGUGGUUGACAGAAUACCAGAAUCUGAAUCCAGAGUUUGGACGGCGUUUUUCCUGUUUCUUCAGCUGUGCAAACUACAAGUGAUGAACAUAUGAAACUAUGAAACAAGUCUGGUAUAAGGGGUUGCGGCGUGUGUUCAUCCAACUGUUUCUGCCAUGUGUUGGAAAAUGCUAAGAGGUGCCGUGGCUACCGAUGGUAGAGUCAAGUCGAUUGGUUCACCAGAAUCUUUUCUAAUAAUAAGGUUCUUGUCAUGCCUUAUUAGUGCCCUUCAAGCUUCUUCAUUGUUAUUUUGUUUAUCUAGAGUGAUCCUGUAUAUAGUCACUCUUGGAAACAAUUUUUAUGUUAUGAAUUUUGGAUCAUUUUGAUAUUGUUAAAAAGCCAAAAAGAGCAACAGAUAUAUCUUAAAAUGUGAUGUUUGUUUGACUG